UGAGCAAAUCCAACGCGUUUCCGGUGAGGUAGAAAAGAAAUGUCAGCGCCCUUGCGAAUGUCAUGUUGUUGACUGUUUGUAGAUAAUUAUUUGUGUUUGAGCACUAUUAAAAGCACGUUACGCUUAUAUUAAACAAUAUCACAGCCGUUUCUACAUGAAGUUACAGGAUUUGUAAGGCUAUAUUUUUUUGUCGACAGAGAAUCUGUCAGUCAUGGUCCAUUUAUCAUCUUUCCUGCUCAAAAAAUAUCAUGGUGGGCAUGUGGUCAUCAGGCUGGCACUAGGAGGUGCCACUAAUAGACCUUUCUACCGCAUUGUGGCUGCUUAUAAUAAACGGGCGAGAGACAGUAAAUCUAUUGAGCAGCUGGGCUCAUAUGACCCUCUCCCCAACAUACACAAUGAAAAACUUGUCGCCUUCAAUUACGAAAGAAUCAAGUACUGGAUUGCAUGUGGGGCUCAUACGACAAAACCAGUGGCCAAACUUCUAGGAUUGGCUGGAUUUUUCCCACUGCAUCCAAUGACAAUAACAGAAGCAGAGCGGAGACAGAAAGCAGCUUCGAUAGAAGAAGUUAAAACAGACAAUCAAGAACAAGUGGAGCAGAAGGAAACAUUGUAAAUGCAAAAUAAAGUGUUCAUGAUUUCUGUGCAUCUCAGAAGUGAUAAUGUGGCAUUGUACUUCUCUAUUAAGCUGAGAUUUUUUUUUUAUGUUAUAAAAGUGUUUGGCUAUAUUCUUCAGCACAUGUUGAAACUCCAGACAUCCAGACACUGCUUGAUUAAAAUUUCCUUAUUACCCGAUACAAUAGAGCACAGUUUGAAAGUUGAAUGAGGGUAUGUAGACACUGAAAGUGUAUUCUUUAAUCAUUAAAUCUGCUGUAAACACACUUUAUCUCAAUCUAUUUGUCACUGAGAACCAAUGAUCAGCUAACAAAAGAAAUUAAUAAAUGAUCUGGCCUCAGGAACCUACACUGAGAGUUUAAAUGAA